CUGUGCGAGCCUACAGGAAAGGAAUAAACACUAAUAGCCAGCGGACGGCGAGAAAGUGAAGAAGCUUAGUUUCGACACAGCUGCCGAUCUAAUCCAGCCCCGCAGUCGGCAUCAACUGCUCAGCCUGCUGAGGUGUGCCGUCCAAGCAUGUCCACGGAGCUGGAGCUGCCCUUCAGGCUGGACACCCAGCUGACGGAGGUGAUGCGUCUGAGAGUUCAGUCCCUGCAGCAGCGAGGCCAGAAGAGGCAGGAGGGCGAGCGGCUGCUGCAGGCCAAUGAGGCCGUGUACCGGCUGGACUUCUCCAAGCAGUCCCUCCGGUUCUCACACUGGACGGUGCGACUGGCCCAGGCGGGAAGACUCACCAUCACGGCCACGUCGCAGCUCUGGACGCCCGACCUCACCAACCUGAUGACCCGGCAGCUGCUGGAGCCCGCCGGGGUUUUCUGGAGAGCGGCGGGCUACGCCUCCGAUGCGCCUGUCCAGUGCUACGAGGCGGACGUAGAUGAGUUUGGUGAGAGGAUCGCAGAACUGGCAAAGGUAAGGAAGGUGAUGUACUUCCUAUUUGCCUUUGAGGAAGGCUGCAGCCCCGAGGCUGUCGACGGCUCCAUCACCUUCACAGUGGAAAGUUGAGACUUUGCAAACUUGGACUGAUGCUGCCUCUUCUGUGCUUGUGUGCUUAUAGGUUGCAUUUGUGGCAUGAAUUGUUCUUCUUCAACUGUCCAUCAGCAACUAAAUCUGUUGAGGUGUUUCUUCAUACCUUUGUAUGUUUAGAUAUCGGGCAUAAAUACAGCUUAAUAAAUCAAAUAAAUCAAUAAGAUGUAUCUGCAUUUCCUUAACGAAUGUCAGAUUGUUCUUGCAUGUUGAACAGAAGUGUUCUCCUGCCUCUCCUCCUGUCUAACAAACGGCCAGCUCUGAAGGGUUUGGUGGAGUCGAGUCCCACAUGAGAUAAUGCAUAGAGACAGUGUGUACUUGUGUGCAUGGCUGUGAGUUUUCCCCAGCGCCCGAGAGAACAGGUUCCUGCUGCCUCAUCUGUCUCCGUCUUGCAUGGUGACCCUGACAAACAAGAGAGGGGAGGCAUGUGGAUCUCCUCCUGCAGCCUCGCCCUCGCUGCUCAACGCCGCCACAGGAGAUGAAACAGUAACUGGGACUGUGAAUGACAAUUGUCUGAAAAAGCGUAAGAGGGAAGAAAAUAACUUUGAUGUCAGUAGGAAUUAGACUUGUCUCUUGUCAGGGCAAAGCAGGGAACUCACUUGCCACCUGAACCGUCAAACCAUUAGAGACGGAACCUUGGUUUUCUCUGAAUAAAGUCUCUUGCUGCACA